AUGGAGACGACAGCUAGCCAUCAUGAAAACAAAGAUGCUAUUGUUCCUACACCUUUAAACGAUACAUUCGCAAGCAAUAAAUCAUCAUUUACGAUUGCUGAUUGGGACCAUGAUACACAGCCUAUUCCUCAACUUCAAGUAAUCAAUGAAGAGAAAAAGUUUAGUACAAAACUGCCCGAGUAUAUGAGAGAAUGGGGAUUAUCUGACGUUGGUUUCAAAUACGAUGUUGUUGCUGUCUUUGGCUCUCAAAGUACAGGCAAAAGUACUUUGCUGAAUCGGUUGUUUGGUACAGGGUUUGUUGAAAUGGAUGAAGCUCAACGUAAACAAACCACAAAGGGCAUUUGGUUGUCCCGUGCUCGAGGCAUGCCUGUACUUGUGAUGGAUGUAGAAGGGACAGAUAGUCGCGAGCGUGGUGAAGAUCAAGACUUUGAGCGUAAGUCUGCCUUAUUCUCAAUGGCUACAAGUGAAGUCAUUAUCAUCAAUUUAUGGGAGCACCAAGUCGGUCUGUAUCAAGGUGCCAAUAUGGGUCUCUUAAAGACUGUAUUCGAAGUGAAUUUGCAAUUGUUUCAGAACCAAAAGAGCGGUAAAGAAAAAACCUUAUUGUUAAUGGUCAUUCGAGAUUUCGUCGGCGCUACGCCUUUGGAUAAUUUGGCAAGUACGCUAAGAUCGGAUCUUGAAACGAUUUGGGAAAGCUUGUCAAAGCCUGAAGAACUUAAAAACUGUAAAAUCACAGACUACUUUGAUUUCAUGUUUGCUGGUUUACCUCACAAAAUUCUCCAGCCAGAUAAUUUUGAUCAAGAAGUAGCAAAACUUCGUAAAAGAUUCAAUGAUCCCAAAAAUCCAGACUAUGUAUUCCGUCCUGAGUAUCACAAGCGUAUUCCUGCAGACGGUUAUGACAUGUACGCCUCUAGCAUUUGGGACGAGGUGCUCACAAACAAAGAUUUGGACUUGCCUACACAGCAAGAGUUACUAGCACAAUACAGAUGUGACGAAAUUUCAAAUGCUGCUUUCGAAGUGUUCCAACAACAGAUUAUGCCUUUCAAAACGCCUAUUCUUGAAAAGAAUCAAAUUGUUCCUGAAUUAGGUGACAAAAUGCAAGAAAUGAGACAACAAGCAAUGGAAUCAUUUGACAAGAGCGCUUCUCGCUAUAACCAAGUUGUUUAUCAAAAGAAACGUUCUGAAAUGCUCGCAAAAUUGAACACGCAAUUAGGUCUCUAUUUUGCAGGACAGUUGAACAGCUUACACAAGAAAGCGGUUCAGAUGUUUGAUGAAAGUUUAAAGCAACAGUUAAAAUCACUCAAUUACAAUUUUGCUCAAGUCGUCAAUGCAUGUACUCAAGAAGCCGACACAUUCUUCAUCAAUGGAGCCAAAGCCAUUCUGUUAUCUGAUACUGAUUGGUCUUUUGACCAUGAAAAGGAGAGAAUGAAUGAAGACUUGAGUGAGAUUUCCUCUCGAGCUCGUGCUGCAGAAUUCAAGAAAAUGAACAAGGCCCUCGAAAAGCAGGUUGAGUCAGAACUUGCUGAUCCUAUUGCUCUUGAAUUAAAUCACCCUCAAGAGGAUAUGUGGCACAAUAUUAUCAAAGUCUAUAAGUCUACAGUUGAUGAUGGUAAAGAGUUACUAGCAAAAAAAGCAAAAAGCUUUGAUUCUUCGCCAGAAGAUAUUGAAAAAUCAACACAGGACUUGAAACGACAAACUUGGGUUGUGCUUCGAAAGAAAGUAGAUGAAGAAUUAUCAGACAACUUGUUAUUGCUUAAGCUUCGCUAUCGAUUUGAAGAAAAGUUUCGGUAUGACGAAGAAGGUAUUCCUAAAGUUUGGAAACCUGAAGAUGAUAUAGAUAUAUACUUCAAAAAGGCUAAAGAUGAGACUUUGAGCUUGAUUAAAUUGUUUUCCAAAGUAGACUUAAGCUUAGACAACGACUUUGCAAUUGAAUCUACAGAAGAUUUUGAUUUCAAUCAGACACUGACAGUCCUUGGUGAAGCGAAGCAAAUCGACAUUUCAAACAGGUUCAAACGUGAAUCAGAUGCAUUCUAUUUGGAAGCCAAGCGGUCUAUUGUUACUACUACUGCCAAAGUACCUACUUGGGUUAUUCUGUUGAUGGCUGUAUUAGGUUGGAAUGAAUUUAUAGCAAUAAUCAAAAGCCCUUUCUACCUUGUCCUUUUUUCCUUCUGUAUCACAAUAGGCUAUAUACUUUAUGCAUUGAACUUAUGGCGCCCAGUUGAAAGGAUUGUAAAUACAAUUGCAAACGAAGGAACCAAAAUAGCAAAAGCAAAAUUAGCAGAAGUAGUCAAUACAAAUGGGCAUGAUACUCAAUAUGAGAUGUCAAGUCUCAAGCAUAAGAGCGACUAA